CUUCAAUUUUAUAGUUCCGUCGACGAUGAAACCGAGCGAAGAUCAUGGGGCCUACAGGAAGAUCUUACUCGCGUCGAUCUCAGCCAUGGUGGCGGAGACGACGACGUUUCCGAUAGACCUGACAAAGACUAGGCUCCAGCUGCACGGCGAGUCGGUGUCGGUGGGAUCGGUUCGGCCCACCAACGGGUUCCUAGUGGCCUCGGAGAUCGUGCGGCAGCAAGGCCCUCUUGGGCUGUACAAGGGAUUGUCUCCUGCGAUUCUCAGACACCUCUUCUACACGCCAAUUCGGAUCGUCGGGUACGAGCACCUCAGAAGCUCACUGAAAACCGAAGGUGCGUCCCUCUCUCUCCCCGCUAAAGCUCUCUCCGGUGGGAUUUCCGGCGUCGUUGCUCAGUUGGUGGCAAGCCCCGCAGAUCUUGUUAAGGUGAGGAUGCAAGCAGAUGGUCGUAUGGUGAGCCAAGGCCUUCAACCUAGGUACUCAGGGUGCUUUGAUGCUUUAAACAAGAUCGUCCGAUCGGAGGGCAUUGGAGGACUUUGGAAAGGGGUUUUCCCUAAUGUCCAAAGAGCAUUCUUGGUGAACAUGGGAGAAUUGGCCUGUUAUGAUCAGGCGAAACAUUUUGUUAUCAAAAAUCGAAUUUCGGAGGAUAACAUAUAUGCCCACACUUUGGCAUCAAUCAUGUCAGGCCUUUCAGCAACUGCUUUGAGUUGUCCAGCCGAUGUGGUAAAGACAAGAAUGAUGAACCAGUCUAGAAGCAAACAAGGGAAGAUUAUGUACAACAAUUCUUAUGAUUGUUUGGUGAAGACUGUCAAAGUUGAGGGUUUAAGAGCAUUGUGGAAAGGGUUCAUGCCUACAUGGGCAAGGCUUGGUCCUUGGCAAUUUGUGUUCUGGGUUUCAUACGAGAAGUUUAGACAAAUUGCAGGGUUCUCUUCUUUCUGAUGAAUCUUUUCAUCCACUCUCUCGUUUCAGAUUCCGAGUGAUCAUACUAGAUGGUAUUCAUAUUCCUUCUUCAAGCUUGAAGGAUGCCUCGCAUGUUUAGGUGCCAAUAUUUGUUACUUACAUGUUGUGAUUCAAACAUCAAAGAUUAGAGUGGUGAUAUAGAGCAAGCCAGCUCGAACUUGUGAUUGGGAAUUAACAAUUUCGUGAGUUUUCUUUCUUUCUUUUGAGCUGUUCCUCAUUGACAAACAAUCAAAGAUUAUUGCCUUCAUAAUUUGCAAUGAAGAAAUAUUCCUUUCUCGGUGGUA